GAUCUCCUCCUCCUCCUCCGUUACACAGUUUCUAAUUUCAAAAACAAAAACAGAAAAUCCAAUUUGUUAUUAUAUUCAAACGAUCGAUUCUCAAAUUCGUUUUAUUUUCUCGGGAAAAUUACAUAUAGAGAAAAUGGCGCUUCGUUUACCGCAUCAGCUCGGAUCUCUCGCCGGAGCUCCGAUCAAGUCCCGUGAACCGACCGCAUCGUCGGUAAAUUCAUCUCUAUCGGUUUCACCACCGUUGGCGAGGGUGCAUAAAGCGAUGAAUCUGAAUCACAAGGCUCACGGAAUGAAUCCGGUGUUGGCGACGGCGCGAGCGGAUCGGUCGGUGGCGUGUAAAGCAUUCGCGGUGGAGACGACGGAGGAGCGAAGAACGCACAAAGAAGGAAGGGUCGGCGGCGGAGGAGGAGGAGUUCCGGUUUUCGUGAUGAUGCCGCUGGAUAGCGUGACGAUGGGGAACGCGGUGAAUCGGAGGAAGGCGAUGAGAGCGAGUCUCCAGGCGUUGAGGAGCGGAGGUGUGGAAGGGAUCAUGAUAGAUGUGUGGUGGGGUUUGGUGGAGAGGGAAGCUCCGGGGGGUUAUAACUGGGGAGGGUACGAUGAGGUGCUUGAGAUGGCGAGGAUGGUUGGGCUCAAGGUUCAGGCUGUUAUGUCUUUUCAUCAGUGUGGUGGUAACGUUGGUGACUCUGUCACUAUUCCUCUGCCUCAGUGGGUUGUUGAAGCGGUUGACAAGGAUCCAGACCUUGCAUUCACUGAUCAGUGGGGAAGAAGGAACCACGAGUAUAUAUCUCUUGGUGCUGAUACACUCCCACUUCUCAAAGGCAGAACACCCGUGCAAUGCUACUCUGAUUUCAUGCGUGCUUUCCGAGACAACUUCAAGCAUCUUCUUGGAGACACCAUUGUGGAAAUUCAAGUGGGAAUGGGACCAGCAGGGGAGCUGCGUUACCCUUCAUACCCCGAGCAGGAUGGGACAUGGAAGUUCCCAGGGAUUGGAGCCUUCCAAUGCUAUGACAAGUACUCAUUAAGCAGCUUGAAAGCUGCAGCUGAGGCGUACGGUAAGCCAGAGUGGGGCAGUACUGGCCCAACCGAUGCUGGUCACUACAAUAACUGGCCAGAAGACACUCACUUCUUCAAAAAAGAAGACGGUGGUUGGAACACAGAGUACGGAGAGUUCUUCCUCACAUGGUACUCUCAGAUGUUGCUGAAUCACGGCGAGCGUAUCCUUUCCUCAGCCAAAUCGAUCUUCCAAAACACUGGUGUCAAACUAUCAGCCAAAGUCGCUGGAAUCCACUGGCACUACGGGACACGCUCACACGCCCCUGAGCUCACAGCAGGAUACUACAACACCAGGUUCAGAAACGGAUACCUUCCCAUAGCUCAAAUGUUAGCCAGAUACAACGCCGUAUUCAAUUUCACAUGCAUAGAGAUGAGAGACCACGAGCAGCCGCAAGACGCGCUUUGUGCACCAGAGCAGCUAGUGAACCAGGUGGCUUUAGCUACUCUAGCCUCGGAAGUUCCUCUAGCUGGUGAAAACGCGUUGCCUAGGUACGAUGACUACGCCCACGAGCAGAUCCUCAAGGCGUCAGCGCUGAUCUUUGAUCGGAACAACGAGGGAGAAAGCAGAGAGAUGUGCGCGUUUACUUACCUGAGGAUGAAUCCGGUGCUGUUUAGGGCGGAGAACUGGGGGAGAUUCGUAGGGUUUGUGAAGAGAAUGGGUGAAGGGAGAGACUCUCAUAGGUGUUGGGAAGAAGUGGAGCGUGAGGCUGAGCAUUUUGUGCAUGUUACUCAGCCGCUGGUUCAAGAAGCUGCAGUGGCUCUCACUCACUAAAGGUAGAGAGAUUGUGGCAUGGUUCGAUGGUAUAUGUGUUUGUAUGCUAUAUAAUGCAAUGAUUAUUAUGUUGAUGCUGAAAAGAUGUUAGGCUGAUGUUGUGUAUGUAUCGGCAGUGCCAUAGCUCUGUUUUUUUGGGGUCAGAUUUGUGGCAGUGUACUCCUAAUAUAUGCUAAAAUAUGUAUAUAUUUUCUUCUUUUUGUUCUAGUAAUAAUGUUCUGAAGAAGA